AUGGACAGUGUGCAGUUUGAAGAGUUGAGUUUGUCUCUACUAUCGUACAAGACGGGAUGGAUAAAGACUGGCCGAUGGAACCAGUCUGAGGUCUUCAAGCUAGUGAAUGGUGACCAUGAUCCAGAUUACUUGCUUGUUCCAACGUGUGAAGAGGAAAUCACGCAGUACGCCAAACAGGCAUUGGACAGUUAUAAACAGUUGCCGUUGAGAUUGUACCAAAUCAAAGAAAAGUUUCGGAAUGAGAAAAGGCCGAGAGGGGGACUACUUCGAGGAAAAGAGUUUUUGAUGAAGGAUGGAUACUCGUUCGAUUUGGACGAGGAGAGGGCAUUGGAGACUUACAAGUCAGUUGUUGGGGCUUACCAUCGGAUAUUUGACGAUUUGGGAGUGCCGUAUGUGAAGGCGCAAGCAGACAGCGGGGAUAUCGGAGGAGAUAUGAGCCAUGAAUGGCACUACUUGAAUGCUACUGGGGAGGAUGCUGUGUUUAGUUGUGAUUCUUGUGGGCAUGUGUCAAACCAAGAGAAAACAUUGUCACUUCCUCAAGAGGCAGUGUCUGCCGGCGGAGAUGUGUCAGUAAAGUAUUUCCUCACGAUGGACAAGACGACGUUGGUAUGCGCAUACUAUCCCACGGGCAGAACACUUGAACCAAAGUUUGUCCAGGUCGAAGUGCCUGAUAUUGCACUUGGAGUGCCUGAAGAGCAUGUGUUUGAGCAGUUUUCACAAGUUGACGAAUUGUCCAAACGAGUUGUUCGAGUGAUGGAUGCGCGGUUGAAUUCGAGGUCCAAUUUCCCAGAUUUCCCAGUGGACUUCCACAACCGGUCGAUGAUUACCACGUUGACAGAUGUGCCCAUAGUACUUGCGGAAGCGGGAGAAGUUUGUGGAGAGUGCGAGAGAGGGACAUUGAGAGAACAGAGGGCUAUCGAAGUGGGGCACACAUUUUAUCUAGGUGACAAGUAUUCGAAACCAUUGGGGUUGAGUGUGGAUGUUCCCGAGAAUGGCAAAGUUGUGAACAAACAGGUAAUGAUGGGGUGUUAUGGCAUAGGGGUCAGUCGAAUUGUUGCAGCAAUAGCCGAGAUCAGCAGAGACAAUGAGGGGUUGCGGUGGCCCAGAAGCAUUGCGCCAUGGGAGGUGACUGUUGUUGAGGCAACAAAGGAUACCGGGUUGAGCGAGGCGUACUCAAGGAUGCAAUUUGACUAUAGAGUGGAUGGCCGAGAUGAAUCGCUAGGGCUCAAGGUGAAGCAAUCUAACAUGAUGGGUAUACCAAUGGUUGUGAUCUUGGGAAAGAGGUUUCCAAUGGUGGACAUUGAGGUGAGAGGCAGGAGAAGAGAUGGGCAGCCACAGGAGAGCAAGCUACACGUACAUAUAGACGACUUGUCCGACACUGUAAAUAACCUAUUAAUACACAUGUAG